AGGAGGCAGCUGCGCUUCGCGGAAGCCCAUCUCCAAGUUCAAAUCGCCUCAAUAAACUAGCUGGCCCCCUGAUAGCUCCAACGUGCGGAGAAGACUACGAGCUGGACAAAAAGUUUGGCAGGCUGAUUUCAAAAGGACUUUGGCUAGAAAUCGUGAAGCAUGGGUGACUGGAGCUUUCUGGGGCGUCUGUUGGAGAACGCGCAGGAGCACUCAACGGUCAUCGGCAAGGUGUGGCUGACCGUCCUCUUCAUCUUCCGGAUUCUGGUGCUGGGGGCCGCCGCCGAGGAGGUGUGGGGUGACGAGCAGUCGGACUUCACCUGCAACACACAACAGCCCGGUUGCGAGAACGUCUGCUAUGACGAGGCCUUCCCCAUUUCGCACAUUCGCUUCUGGGUGCUACAGAUCAUCUUCGUGUCCACGCCGACGCUCAUCUACCUGGGACACGUCCUUCACAUUGUCCGCAUGGAGGAGAAAAGGAAAGAGAAGGAGGAGGAGAUGCGCAAGGCUCUCCGCUUCCAGGAAGAGAAGGAUCUCUACAGGAACGGCGGCGAAGGUGGAGGAGGUGGGGGUGGCGGAGGUGGGAAAAAGGAGAAGCCCCCAAUUCGUGACGAGCAUGGAAAGAUUCGUAUCCGGGGGGCUCUGCUCCGCACCUACAUCUUCAACAUCAUCUUCAAAACCCUGUUUGAGGUGGGCUUCAUCCUGGGCCAGUACUUUCUCUACGGUUUCCAGCUUAGACCCCUGUACAAGUGUGCCCGAUGGCCUUGCCCAAACUCAGUAGACUGCUUCAUCUCCAGGCCCACGGAAAAGACCAUUUUUAUUAUUUUCAUGCUUGUGGUGGCUUGCGUGUCCCUUUUGUUGAACCUCUUAGAGAUCUACCACCUGGGCUGGAAGAAAGUCAAGCAGGGCAUGACCAAUGAGUUUGUACCGGAGCGUGAGUUGGUGGGCGAUGAGACCAGGGAGACUGACAAUGUGACAGUCCUGCCCGAGACUCGAGCGUCCGCUCCCAUCCCCAACCACCCGCCCAACUACACAGACCUGACUGUCGCAGGGAGAGGCGCCUUCAUGCCGCCAACCCACUCCAUGGCCCUUGUGGCCACCCCUGAGGCAGAGCACAAGUCAGACCCUCUCCACGACCCCCUCCACUCCUCCAUGUUCUCCAGCAAUAACAGCAACAACUACCGGCUACCUGUGGGGCAGAAUUGGGCCAACAUGGCUGCCGAGCUGCAGUCUAGUGAAGCCAAGCCGUGCACCCCUUGCUUGUCCUCCUCCUCCUCUUCAUGCUCUCUGAGUAACAUGGCGCACCCCAAGGAGCCCCCCCUGGCCUCCUCUGGCGUGAUGACUGAUGGCGAUGCUGAUGGCGAUGAAUCCAGCAGAGGGGGGAAGAGUGAUGCUGGUCGCGACAUCACAACUACCACAGUGGAGAUGCAUGAACCGCCAGUGGUCCCGACCGAUGUCCGCAGGCUAAGCAGGGCGAGUAAGACCAGCAGCAUCAGAGCCAGGCCCGAUGACCUCGCUGUCUAGCCCUCCCACUCCCCCUCCCCCCACACACACACCACCCCCAAAACCUCCCCUCUUUCCCCACCCAAUCACUCCCACUCAACAAACACACACAAAACAAACACACAUACACACACACUCACCACUCCACCACCUCUGGGGUUUUUAUCGAGAGAGAGAGAGGAAAGUUAUGAAAGUAACGAGAAGAAAAAAUACAACAGAGGCUAUUGAAGAAAGAAAGAGAAAAAGGACAGGUUGCUGGAAAUGUGAUGUUCAAUGACAUUAAAUUCUUUUAAAAUGCUAGACUAUCCAAAAAAAAAAAAAGAAUCAGUGCAAUCGGUGAGUUGUAGUGUCACCCAAGCAGAGAUGAUAGGCUCUGCAUGUGACAUACACUCACACCUAUGUGUUUGAAAAUGGGAGAAGCAGGUCGGCCCAGAAUUGUGAAGGAAGAGACAUUUUCACUAAUUUGGACACUAGCACUAUUAUUUCUUUCUUUCUUUUUCAUUUGUUUUGAAUCUUUUUUCUGAGGAAGAAUUUGGGAGAGGUAUGCACUUCUGAGUCGUGUUUUUUUUCUCUCUCUCUUUUGUUGUGAUAGAUCUUGAGUUUGACCCUUGUGCACUGGUGUGCCUUAGCCACCACUCUUUUAAUCAGUGUUCGUCCAUAUCGUUUGUGAAUCCCCUGGUUCAUCGUUCAUCAUAUGGUCACACGCCCCGUAAAGACCGAUGCUGAAUGGGACGUGCUCACACUGUGACUAUGCGAUCCGGAGGGAACCUUUACCCGCCGGUGUCCUGGGAGCUGGAGCAAAGGAGGAGGCUGUGGCUCUAUCCCAUGUUAUGACAGAUCCCAAGCCAAGACAUGUCUUUUAGGCUUUUCGAAGGUUGUGUAUGUUUGGAAAUAAGGAGGUCUUGUUUCACCGUCAUUAAAAGGAACAAAAAAAUACAUUCUUACUAUCAUUGCAGU